AUGGAUUUCAUCAAGACCAGUUCCCUGCGUGCUCUGAUUGAGUUAACUUUCCAACGCAAGUGGAACGGCCUCAUUUGGAUGAGUAGAAAAGGAGUUAUAGCCAAAAUAGCGAAGACAGGUCCAGCGGCUCUAUCGAGAAACCGCGCCAAGCCGUGCAGACGGCCGGCCGAGGAACGCAUGUUCCGCGCCAAUGCGCACACGACCACGCCGCGCGAGCCGGGAAGUAACGCCUCGCGGCCGCGCAACUCACGUACCACGGCCGAUGCGCCGUCCGACCAGGAAAGCCGCGUCCCACGUCCGGCCAGAAACAUCGGCCAAUCCUUCAUCCGUCCGACCACAGCGGCCGACCACGAAACAUCCGGCCACGACCGUUCCGACGUGCCGAUAGCGACCACGACCCGAUGUCCGGCCGAUCGUCCCGACCGACCGUCCGAACGCCGCGGUCGACCCGAAGCCGUUUUUGAAGCCCAAUCCGCACAAUUCAAGCCCAAAGCCGGCGCCGACUAG